AAUUCGCUACCCUCUGAUUGCUGAAGAUAGGAGGAGCGAAGCCGGAGAGCAGGAACCGAAGAUGGAUGAUUUCAAGAAGAGAAAGCUAGAAGAGGCCGGCAACGGCGAUGCUUCUUCAAAGGAAGAGCUUCGCCUUCUCCUUGACCCGCUGGCCAAACCCCAGCUUGUUGAUCUUCUCGCUAAACUAGGGUCCCAAUAUCCUUCGAUUGCAGAAGAAAUAAAAAGUAUUGCAAGUGCAGAUCCUGUUCAUCGAAAGCUUUUUGUUCGCGGCUUGGCCUGGAAUACCAGUUCAGAAACCUUGUGUGCUGCAUUUCAAGAACAUGGAGAAAUUGAGGAAGGGGCUGUUAUCUAUGAUAAAGCAACUGGAAAAUCCCGUGGUUAUGGUUUCAUCACUUACAAACAUAUGGAAUCAACUCAUCGUGCAUUAAGAGCCCCAAGCAAGUUGAUUGAUGGCAGGUUGGCUGUCUGUAAUCUAGCUUGUGAGGGUCUAAGCGGAGCAAGUAAUGCCCCUGAUCUUUCCCUGAGGAAGCUGUACAUUGGAAGCUUAUCACCAGAAGUCAGCAGUGAAAUGUUGCUCAACUUUUUUGGGAGGCAUGGUGAAAUAGAGGAAGGGUCAGUUGCAUAUGACAAAGAUACAAAUGAAUCUCGUGGUUUUGGCUUUGUUACAUACAAGACUGCAGAAGCUGCGAAGAAGGCAAUAGAUGAUCCAGAAAAGACUCUUGGGGGGAGGAACGUAAUUGUAAAAUAUGCGGAUUCCCAUAAGGGUAAGACAGGACAGCCAUCAGCGGUGCCAAUGACAGCCUUACCUAUGGCUCCGGGUUAUGUGCAGAUGCAGCAUGUCAAAACACAUAUUAGCAAUCCCCAUGUUGGCUACAAUUACCCUCAGCCCGUAGCAUCAUACCCUGCGCCUUCUUAUCCAAGUCCUCCCGCCGCACCUGCACCUUAUCCUCCUGUUUCUGGGAAGUCAACUACGCCUGUUGGAAUGAACAACUACCCAUGUUACUAUCCUAAGCAAUAACUAAAUUCAGCUAAACAUGGUGAUAUUGAUUCUUCGUCUCUUUGCCUUGUUCUCCAGUAGCACCAGCUAUUUACUAUGCGUCACGCUCUCUGUUGUCUCUAUCUUUAAAAGUCUGUUUUUUUAAUAUCCCCGGGUCGGCUUAGUGACAGUGGAUGGUGGGUGGAGAUUUCAUUGACAGACCAAAGUCAAGCGGCGGUGUUCUGUAUACUUUUAAUUAUAACUUGUAACGGGAUGCGUGAUGCUAAAUUAAAUUAAAGAACGAAAUUGUUCUUCUGCAUGAUCUGUCUGGACGAGUUUAAAGUCUUGGGUCAAUUUUCUAGUUUGAAUUUUUAGAUUUCGUAGGCUGUAUACUGUACGAAUAAUAUUUGUGGGAAAGCAGUAAGGAGUUCCUUGUUUCAUGGAGAUUAGAAA